AUGGAAAAUAUAGAAAGGAGUAAGAGAAGCGUCACAUUGAUAAGGGAAAAGACUAAAGAAAAAUUAGCAGCAAUGCAUGUUGAUUUCGAUAAACAUAAUCGAGCUAUUGGAGAGUAUCAACCUAAGUUUGCAAGUUAUUGUGGAGUCACAGCCAGGAGUAGGAUUUCUAUCCUUAAAGAGAGUUGGGAUAAAGUAUCUAAGUCAGAGCUCCAUGACUUGUGGUUGGACAUUAAGAAUUAUUGGAAUAUACCAAAUGAUGCUCCCAAAAAACAAACACUUCAAGUAUGCAACAAGUCAUGGAGGGCCUACAAGUCGACGCUUGUUACUGAUUUCAUGGACAAUGGUCUUGAUGCAUCAAGUUUUUACCCGUACCUAACCAAAGAAGCAUGGGAAGAUUUUGUUAAGCUAAAAUCCACUGAAGAAUUCCAGGAAAAAAGGAAAAAGGGGAAAGAGACUGUGAAGAAGAACAAAAAUCCAGUGCACUUAGGCCCAUUGGGGUAUCGUGGGAACAAAGCUCGGUGGGAUAAAGAUAUCGAGUUAGGUGCGAAAAUAAAAGGACACCAUAUAUCAAGCGAGCAGGCAAGAGAUUUUAUCUAUGCUAGGACAAAAUGCACUCCCUCAGGGGAUUACAUUGUAGCGCCUGAGAAUAAACCCGGAGUUGAUUUGAUGGCAACGAUUUUAGGAAAAGAGCACUCAGGUCGCACGAGGGCGGUGGGUUAUAAUGUCACUCUAAAAGAAUCAAGGAUUAACCAGAGAAAUAAGAAACAACAAGAGUUACCAGAUUUGGAAGAUUUGGUGACGAGGCUAGAGGAGAGAUUGUUUAAUAAGUUAUAUGAGAAAUUAUAUGAUAAGCUGAUGACUGAUAUGGUGCCUGAUAUGAUGGCUAAGGUGGUAGAUACUGUUGGAGACAUGGUCGACUCUAUGGUGGCUACUAGUAUGAAUCAUGGCAUGAUGCAACAUGAUGAUACUCGUAGGAACGAGGAGAUAAAAGUUAGAAGCCCAAAAUUGAAGAAACCUAGUGUUGUAUCUACAAUGAUGGAUGCAUUAGAUAAUAUAAAGGCUCCCAUUGAGUGUCGGUUGCUGCUACCAUCCGAUACACAACAUCAUAUAGUUGCCGAAGGGAAAGUCUACCCAUCAGAGAAUGGGAUGUUACAUGGGAUACCGCUCAAAGAGCAUCAUGUGAAGGUAUUUGUACGAAAGAUUUAUGAUGGUUAUAAGUUGUUCCCUCUUCAUGUGCCGACUGAAGAAACAUGUAAUUUGGGGAAUGCAUUGUAUGGUUUUACACAAUGGCCACGAAAUUCAAUUGCUCUAGUUAAGAUACACCAAAAAAGAAAGUACGAGGAGACCAACAGUUUGCCCCUUACAAAGAAAAUACGACAAUUUGUGAUGCCAAAAGAACUAAAUGGCAGGCCGAAGAUCAAGUUAUUGUAUAAAAAUUUUAUGAGCCGCAACAUUGAAUAUCCAAUUCAUGUUAGAAGUGAGCCAGGGAUCUUUGGAGCUGGGAGGACUGACGUUGUAAUCUAUCCGGACGUGAUUAAAGAGCUUAUGACGAAUAAGCAACUCGAUGUUGAUUCUAUUUUUUGCUUUCAGAUGAUGCUACAUUCAAUGUUUCAACACGAUAAUAAAUGUGCCUUCAUAAACCCGCAAAAAAUCACGGCCUUGCAAUGUGGAACCGAUGAGGAACUCGGAACAAACGUUGUUGUAAAUGAGUUAGUUGAUGCAAUGAACUUUCAUCAAGAUAAAGAUAUUUUUCUAGCACCGUAUUUGCAAGGGUUUCACUACAUAUUAUUUGUAGUCUGCCCUCGUACACAUGUGUACUACAUUUUGGAUUCAUGUCAAGGUAUGAAGACAUUUGAAGACUAUGAUAUCAUAACACAUAUCGAAAAGUAA